UUAAACGAUCGCUCUCCAUAGUCAGAUAUUCACUCACCUUUACAGUCUGUUCUUGCAUCUUUUUAUUCUCAUUAAAAAUUGUCACCGACCAGAGUGUCGCUUUGUAGUCACAAUUCUACUUCACUACUUUCGACGGAACUCUCGAGUUAAGUAAAUGGAGUUUGGUACGAGGACAACACGUACUUGAACGCACCACCAGGUUGCAAACCAGCAGUAAUAUGUCUGAAAUGUCAAGUUGUAGCUUUCUUUGUAAAUGUGUAUAUUUGUACCUGCUGUGGGUUUUACAACAACUCUAAAGCUGUCUUUAAAAACUCACCACAAAAAGGACACGGUGGAUAAACUCUUGAAAGGUUUCUUCAGGGAGGAGAAAAACAAACUAAGUGGUGAUGCUGCCCUGCUGAUGGCCGAGCUGCUGAAAGUGUUUGUGGAAGAAGCUGCCGUGAGAUCACUGAAACAAGCUGAAUCUGAGGACUGUGAUCAAGUAGAUAUCGAGCACUUUGAAAAGAUCCUACCUCAGCUGGUGCGUACAUCAACACCGUUCAGACGUGUCCUGAGUGAUCCGGGCACAAGUGCUCCUGGACUUCUAGCACAGCAAAGCCACAAGAUGGAGCCAGAGUGCUGCCUGCGUGUCCCUACUUCAGUCCUAUUGCAAGUGCUUCCAGCGUGCUCCAUGGCGCCCUUCAUCAAAGCCUCCGGGAGCAGUUGGAAGCAAUUAGAGUAAUAAGGGGAGCAGCCAGUCCCUUAGAUGAUGACAAGUGCCAGGAAAAAAGGAGUACCCCCUCCAGCCACUUUGAAGUUCCCUUUUGCUGUCCUGCUAUGUUUAGUUAGAGGUGGGGGGAAGGGCAAAGGGGACCUCAGGCACAGGGGGAAAGUUGAAUGGGAGUGUGCAUGCACAAAUGUGUGCAUGUGUUAGCCAAACAUAGCAAGAGACCACACGCAUAGAUAUUCUGUUUGAAAGGAAACAUAACAAAACACAUCGGAACAUGGUCCAAGAGGAGCAGGGUGUAAUUCUGAAGGUAAAUAAACAAAAGAGGUGAGUAGUGGAGGUGCACUCUCUCCUUUCAUCACAGUAAAGGGGGAUGCUGGGGCUGCAAGGAAGAGGGUAAUGUGGGGUUUUCUAACCCAACUGCCACUGAUGGUUUUCCACUAGUGGGGUAUUAGACCAACGUGUCUUCACUAUGAGUCAGCAUAGCUGCACAACACCUCACACUAUUUAUUUGUGUGGCUCUCGGGUGACUCACUAUGCUUACAAAUGCUGCUCACGUACAGCUGGAAGCAACUUGGGCUCAAACCUUAGAGCCCAGGCAUCGGAUAGGUGAUCAAGGACGCAGCACCUGGAAUUUGACCCAGCACCUUUGAGUAGAGCCCAGACUGGAUUUGUGUUCCCAGGAGUGACUUCCACAGCAGGCCUUAGGAACGUUUGGUUGAGUGAUGUUUACUUUAAUGAUCCUACAAGGACCAUUAGGACAGAAAACUACUUUUUUUGAAGAAAAUAAUUUGUUGGGUUAAUUAUUACAGUCUUAAUAGCAGUUGUGCCCCCUAGUUUUGUGAAAUAUUGUAAAUUGCAGAGCUAUUGCUUUCACAAGCUGGCUGUUUAGAUGAAAUGCCCGAGCAGACUCCUUUGUUAAAAAGUGUAUUUUGUAUAGAUGUUUUGUAAUGUAUAACAUUUCUGUUGAUUUGUAAAUCCUUGCAGAUUAAAUAAAAUAAUUGUGCUCUUGGGCCAAA